AUGGCUCAAACUUGCCUGCCACCUGGCUUUCGUUUCCAUCCAACUGAUGUUGAGCUUGUUUCUUACUACUUGAAAAGGAAGAUUAUGGGGAAGAAACUUUUUGUUCAAGCUAUCUCAGAGGUUGAGCUGUACAAAUUUGCUCCUUGGGACCUUCCUGAUAAAUCAUGUCUUCAGAGCAAAGAUCUUGAGUGGUUCUUCUUUUGCCCCCGUGACAAGAAGUAUCCUAAAGGGUCUAGGACGAACCGUGCCACACCAAAUGGUUAUUGGAAAACAAGUGGAAAAGACAGAACAAUUGAGCUGAACUCUCGCAUUGUUGGGUUGAAGAAAACAUUGAUUUUUCAUGAAGGCAAGGCACCGAAAGGCAACAGGACUGAUUGGGUGAUGUAUGAAUACAAAAUGGAAGAUGAAACUUUGGUGUCUGCUGGUUUCUCGAAGGAUGCUUAUGUACUCUGCAAGAUAUUUAAAAAGAGUGGGCUUGGCCCAAGGAUUGGUGAGCAAUAUGGGGCUCCUUUUGAUGAAAACGAAUGGGAGAAUUUAGAUGUUGGAUCUUCUAUCUUCUCUUUUGCACCGUCCUCAGGUGUAGAGGAUCCACAGAUCGAAAGUUCUGCCUUGGCUACUGCAAUAGUUAUUCACGAACCAUCCGCUCCUCAGCAAUCUGUUCAAUUUUCCGAACAUGUUAAUAUCUGUUCUGAUCAGGUCAAUGAUGCGCCUCCUGAAAUUGAUGGGAUAUUGUUGGACGAACUGACAAAGUUUUUGAAUGAUUCUCCCAACCAUGACGUACGUUCGCCGGAGAAUUCUGGUCUGCCUCCAAUGUCUGAGCUUGAGGCUCAAGCUUUUGAGAUAAAUACUGCUGAGCUCUAUGACCAAUUGGCAGUACUUGCCCAGUCAGGAGAUAUGCCUGCUGCAAAUUUCCCUGCUAGCAACGGGGAUGUUAUUGAAAACAAUUUGCAGCAAACAAACUCUGGACUUGCUAUGGAUGAUGAUUAUAUAGGGUUGGAUGAUCUGUUUGCUCCUGGGGAAACUUUCUCCUAUGAUUUUUCUGGUGAAACAUUCUCCUAUGAUUUGCCUGGUGGAACCUUCUCCUAUUUGUCUGUGCCAAACAAUCAGUUUUCGCAGUACCCACUGGAUCAAUCAUCUAAUGGCCUUCACUACGGUGAUGGUGCCACUCAAUCAACUUUCUUAGCAAGUGGACCGCUUCCACCAUUGGAACCAAUGCCUAGCACUUUUGAUGACAUGCCUUCUGUUUCCAAUAAGCCUGCAAGCUCCUACUGCUUGAACCCAGCCAUGAAAGACCCAUUCUCAUAG